GAUAAUUUGUGAUUUGUGGUCUUACCAGUCGUAUAUAAAUCAGUCCACCCAACGCGCCUUCUGCUGUGACCAAUUCCUUUAGACACUCAAACCACCUUCACAACUUAAAGACUUUUGCAACUUUCAAGGAGAACCCAUCACUACCAAUUCAGAACUUUACACUACCACAUACACCAAAUAAACAACACCACACUUCCACCGCCACAAUGGGUGCCGUCGUCUCUUGUGUCCAAAACCUCUUCCGAACCAUUGGAAACUGCCUCAUGGCCAUCGUCAACGGCAUCGCUUCCAUCCUGACCGCCAUCAUCCACGGCAUCGCCUCCUUCUUCACCAUCCUCAUCUCGUUCCUGACCUGCGGAUAUUGUGGUCGCAGGCGAGGCGGAACAAUGCGUUCGCACGGCCAUACCACGAGUCGGGUUUAGUGCGCACCCGUCUGUUAUGAGGGAAAAAUGUCCCUAAGCUCGAGGCAGACAGAUGGGUGAGCUCAUCAUGUCCGGUCAUAGCAUGAUGGAUUGAAAUGGGAUUGGAGUUGCGGCGGUGGCGGUGGUACGGGGGAGGAGUGCUGGAGAAAGAAGGAUGAUGGAAGGGACGAACGAAUUAUUGCAGUGGACAUGAUUUCACGAUACCCCCUUUUCACGAUGAUUGGCAUGACGCCUUUGCGGUCUCAUUUUUCAGAGUUGCACAAUACCCAAUUGUAUUCUUGAGUACACUACAACCGAUAUGCCUAUGUAUCCAAUGCGUGCAUGUUAAAAUCAUAACAUAUUCCCAGUCCUGCCCACAUCGUAUCGUAACCUUCGUAACCUUUGGGUAGUGAUGUAUACGGAUCGGAUACUAUUCGUACAAAGGUUGUGCUUGGCCAAGUUUAACUGAUACUCAC